ACCCAGCCUGCUGCUGAGCUCACUGUUGUCUCAUUUCCCUCUCCAGAGGACCAGGGGCGACCUUGGUCGUUCAGCUCAGUCCUGCUCACAUUCCGGGGAAGCUUCUCCACUCAGCUGACUCCGGGUCAACAAAACGCUUCCUGCUUGGCGAGUUUUACCGUCUUCCUGGAGUUGGCAGAAAAGCUGACCUCCUACGAGGGCUCGGCACCAAAGGGACUCCUUUUGUGGGAGUCACAAAUGAGUGGUUGGAAGUGGCCAUCUUAGGGCCUGCUGUCACCUUCCUUGAGGCCUCAGGCAUGUCCCAGAAUAGGCCGCGUCCAGUGGGAUGGAUAGGGGCUCAAGUCUCGGGAUUCCUGUAGUCCGGCAUCUGUUUGGGUUUUGGUUCCGGUGGGUUUCAAGUCUGAGAACAGCAACUGGCUCAACCUCCGCGAAGGGCGGGCCGAUCAUCGUAGCGGCACCAAUCCUGGGCCGUGCCCGCUUGCGGGCGGCGGUGGAUCCCGGGUCUUGGACACUUAGUGACGGAAGCGCGCGGUCCGGUCAUGCUUGGUGGAACACUCUGGCUGCUGCUGCUGCUGUUGCUGCCACUGCGACCCCCGGGCACGCAGGGUCACCGCGGUGCCACAAGCUCGGGGCAGAACGACGAGAAACCGGCCGCUUGGCCGGGCGUCCAACGCCUGAAGGAGCAUCUGAGGACGGUCGGGACCCUCUCCAGACAGUACUGGGGGGUUUUCAGCUGCACUGUGUGGCCCGAUCACUGUCAGGACCAGGAGGCCCCCGCGCCGCCGCUGGGCUGGAGCCUUCCUCUGUGGGGCCGGCGGUCCCUGGAUCGCCUCACCGAGUGGUUCUGCCGCUUUCAGGACUGCUGCACCGGUGGCGGGGACUGCAGGAUCUCCAACAACUUGACAGGCUUAGAAUCAGACCUGCGUGUGCGACUGCAUGGCCAGCAUCUGGCUAGCGAGCUGGUCCUAAGAGCUGUGAAGGGCUACUUAGAGAAGCCCCAUGGAGACAAGGCCCUGGCUCUGUCAUUCCAUGGCUGGUCUGGCACAGGCAAGAACUUCGUGGCCCGGAUGCUGGCGGAGAACCUGUAUCGGGAUGGACUGAGAAGUGACUGUGUCAAGAUGUUUAUCUCCACCUUCCAUUUCCCACACCCCAAGUAUGCGGACGUGUACAAGGAGGAGAUGCGGUGGCAGAUGCAGGAGACCCGGUGGCGCUGCCAGCAGACCAUGUUCAUCUUUGACGAAGCAGAGAAGUUACACCCGGGGCUGCUGGAGCUGCUUGGACCGCACCUGGAACCCAGGGUCCCCGAGGCCCAGGGCGUGGAGCCGCCGCGGACCAUCUUCCUCUUCCUCAGUAACCUUGGAGGCAGUGUCAUCAACAAAGAGGUCCUGGGUUUGCUUAAGGCUGGAUGGUCCAGGGAAGAAAUUACGAUGCAGCACUUGGAGACCCCCCUUCAAGCUGAGAUCAUGGCGUCCACAGACAGUAGCUUUGGCUCCAGCCGUCUUGUGAAGGAAAACCUUGUUGACUUCUUUGUCCCCUUCCUGCCAUUGGAGUACCACCAUGUGCGGCUGUGUGUCCGGGACGCCUUCCUGAGCCAGGACCUCCCAUACACAGAAGAGGCCCUAGAUGAAAUUGCCAAGAUGAUGACGUAUGUCCCCGAGGAGGAGCGGCUUUUCUCCUCCCAGGGCUGCAAAUCCAUUGCCCAGAGAAUCAACCUCUUCCUGCCUUGAAAGUGACUCACUGUGCUCACUGGAUCUGCUGGGCACCCCGGUGUCCAGCGCCACUGCUCCAGCUGGUAUGCAGAAGGCAGACCUGAAAACCACUUGGUGCCUUAAAGACCUGCAUUCUAGAAUGCAGGCCAGGAAGUCAGAAAGCCAUCGGGAAGUCCAGGUGCCAAAGGGUCCCCAGAACUCUCCUGCUGCAGGUCUUCCCAGGCUGCAGGACUUGAGCAUAGUCAGUAGUCGCAGGAUUCUUGGGUUACAGAACAUGGAAGGAUGGGAGAUCUGUGGCUCAACGGGAGUGUGCUCCAUCCAGUCUGUAGGCGUGGGCUGGCUUUCUGGAGGAAGGGGGGGGUGUCAGUUUCUGUGUGUGAGCAGAACAGCAAAGGGGGCUUUAGGUAAAGGGGAAACCACAUGCCAGUGAUGGGGGGGGCACACACAUGUGAUCCUAGCACUGAGUAGGCCAAUACAGGAGAGAGCUCAAGAGGUCCACACUGCCUGGUGAGUGAGGUCAGCCAGGCUUGAAAAACAAAAGCCACGGGUAUGUAGCUAAGGCAUGUUCUGUUCUUUAGACUGAAACUUUUUUUUUUUAAAUUAGGGGUCUUGCUACAGAAUGCACUAUGUGUAGAUUAAAUUUUGUAUUUUUCUAA